GUCCCUCCCUGUUUUCUUUCCAUUUCUGCCUCGCCGACCAUCAUGUCUCACGCUGCCACCACCGACGCGGCCAUUGCGGCCGAGAAUCAGUUCGCCGCCCAUAACUACCACCCCCUGCCCGUGGUGUUUGCUCGGGCCCAGGGCACCUCUGUCUGGGAUCCUGAAGGCCGCCACUACCUGGACUUCCUGUCUGCCUACUCCGCCGUCAACCAGGGCCACUGCCACCCGGCGCUGGUGGCCGCCCUGGUCGAGCAGGCCUCACGCCUGACGCUCAGCUCGCGUGCGUUCUACAAUGACGUCUUCCCGCAGUUUGCCAAGUUCGUCACCGCCUACUUUGGCUUCGACAUGGUGAUGCCCAUGAACACGGGCGCCGAGGCCGUCGAGACGGGCCUCAAGAUCGCCCGGAAGUGGGGGUACAAGGUCAAGGGCAUUCCGGAGAACCAGGCGGUGAUUCUGAGUGUCGAAAACAACUUCCACGGCCGCACAUUUGGGGCGAUUUCGCUGUCGUCGGACCCCGAGAGCCGGGAAAACUAUGGGCCGUACCUGCCGGGCAUCGGCUGCUUGAUCCCAGGCUCUGACCGUCCCAUCCGGUACAACGACGUGGCGAGUCUGCGCGAGGCGUUCGAGAAGGCCGGCCCCAACCUGGCCGCCUUCCUGGUGGAGCCGAUCCAGGGCGAGGCGGGCAUCGUCGUUCCCGACGAGUCGUAUCUGCAGGAAGCUCGCGCCCUGUGCGAUCGCUACAACGUGCUGCUGAUCUGCGACGAGAUCCAGACGGGUAUCGCCCGCACGGGCAAGCUGCUCUGCCACGAGUGGAGCGGCAUCAAGCCGGACAUGGUGCUGCUGGGCAAGGCCAUCUCCGGCGGCAUGUACCCGGUCUCCUGUGUGCUGGGUCGCCGCGACGUCAUGCUCACCGUCGAACCGGGCACCCACGGCUCCACCUACGGCGGAAACCCGCUCGGCUGCGCCGUGGCCAUUCGCGCCCUGGAGGUUGUCCGUGACGAGCACAUGGUCGACCGCGCAGAGCGCCUGGGUCAUGUCUUCCGUGCCGGCCUGGAAGCCAUCCAGAGCCCCGUCAUUCAGCUGGUGCGCGGCAAGGGCUUGCUCAAUGCUAUUGUUAUCGAUGAAUCCAAGACAAACGGUCACUCUGCCUGGGAUCUGUGCAUGCUCAUGAAGGAGAAGGGGUUGCUGGCCAAACCCACCCACCAAAACAUCAUCCGACUCGCCCCCCCGCUAGUCAUCACCGAUGAAGAGAUCCAGACGGCGCUGGGCAUUAUUGCCGAGGCAGUUCAGGAGCUGCCGACCCUCGAGAAGAAGGCCGGGGAUCACUGAUUGCCAGUCGUCGACUACGGCUGACUGAGUCAGUCUGAGUCUGGUCGUCGAGUCAAGUGUCGAGCCAGCCCGGUCAGUACCAGCCGUACAUGACACCAGCGUUGAACACUGGUAGCGGCUUAACAAAAGAGACUCGUGGUUAGUCUGAGGAUAUGGAAAUUGUCAGACGAGAAUGAUAUGAACGCACUCUUAUGUAUUGGAGUAGUAGUUAGUUAUUAGGUACUUGGUGAGUACCAGAGUACCAGAGUACCAGAGUACCAGAGUGCCAGAGUACUUCUAGAGUACUCCGUACUCCAUGAUCAUUAAUGG